AUGGCACCACGAUCAAGCAACUGCUUCUGUCAUUUCUUCACGUCAAGUUACUCAAAUCAGAGUGUUGUUGAUGGUGGUGAUUACGAAUUCAGAUUCAAUGAAGAAGAAGAAGAGAAGUUACAAUAUGAACCUGGAGUGCAGAGUAGUACCCGUACAAAAAUAAGUGAAAUAGGAUGCGAUGCCAGCUGGGUCGAGAAGAAGAGUUCCUCAACUUCUACGUCUACUUUGUUCAAUUUCCCUAGUUCUCAGAAGUAUGUAUUUGCGCACGUUGUUAUGGGCAACACUGCCCACCAUACCACUGACGAUUGGGAAAACGAUAUAAAAACUGCUCAAGCUGCAGGCAUUGACGCUUUUGCACUCAAUGUUGCCACUGGCGAUACCAACACUCCAACACAGGUCGAAUAUGCUUUCGAAGCUGCCACGACACUCGGUAGCAGCUUCAAAUUAUUCUUUUCGUUCGAUUAUCUUGGUGGAAGUGGUGCUUGGCCAGCUACUGGUGACUCCUCAGUCGCAUCAUAUCUCAAUCAAUAUGGAGUAAGCCCUGCGUACUUUAAGUUCAAUGGACAAGUCUUUGCAUCCACUUUUGAGGGGGUAGAUAAUGCUGGAGACUGGACUCCUGGGGGACCUAUCCGAAGCGCUGUUCAAGGUACCGCAGGCUCCAUCUAUUUCGUUCCGGAUUAUUCGAGUUUGGGUUCUGCUGGGUUCGCUGCCCAACUCAACAAUGUUCAAGGUGCUUUUAGCUGGGAUAUGUGGCCUUCUGGACCAGUAAAUAUGACGAUUGAUAAUGACCUUGCUUGGCAAGAGACUUUGGGAAGCAAGGCUUACAUGAUGGGUGUCUCACCUUGGUUCUUUCACAGCGACGCGAACCCAAUUGCAUGGACCUGGAGAGGCGACGACCUUUGGGCUGAACGCUGGCAGCAAGUCCUUGAAGUUCAACCUCAAUUUGUCGAGAUUGUCACUUGGAACGACUGGGGCGAAUCAUCAUACAUCGGGCCUUUGGUUUCCACGGACGAAGUCCCUGCAAACUCUCUCAAAUACGUUGAAAACAUGCCUCACACGGAUUUCCUCAACCUUCUACCCUACUAUAUCAAUCAAUAUAAGGGAAUCAAGACGAACUCCACCGCCGAUUCCAUGCAAUACUGGUACCGCACUUCUCCUGCCGCGAGCGGUCUCGUUGGCGGGGUCCUUGGCAAUAAUCCCACUCAAGGUCAAAUAGAAUACAGCCCCAACACUAUCUGUGAAGACAAAGUAUUCUUCACAGCAUUAUUGCAAUCAGCUGCCGAUGUACACGUGCAGAUUGGUAGCUCCCCAGUGAUGAGUUAUACUGGGUCGGCUGGUUUAAACCAUUGGCAUCAACCAUUCAAUGGACAAACUGGAAAUGUGACAUUUUCCAUCGUGCGAAAUGGGCAAAUGGUGAAGGUUUAUUUUCACCUCACUUCAAGAUGGCGUAUAAGAGAAGCGGAAAAUUAUGAGUCCGCACCGUCGCUUAGAGCCCUCGCCUGGCAAUUCCCUCGAUAUCAGUAUUGUGCAACUGGAUGCCUAUCAGUGGCACCUUUCGCACUUGAUGGCUUGGAGAUAUUACAUGCAGCUCUAUGA